UUAUGGGUUGCCAACUCAAAAGAAGGCUAAGCAUAAUCGUAAUGAGUAAAUGCAUUCAAGUGGUUUUACUACCGGAAAGUACUCUAUGAUUUCUGUCAAAUCGACUCACUGAGCAUUACCAUCAAUAGUCCCCCAAUUUGGUUCGAAGUGAAAAGCGAGUGUAUACACUCAUAAAUUGCAAGAGGUGGUUCAAGAAAACCCGCAUAAAUCCCAUCGCCUUCCGCUGAUGAUGUAUGCGGUGUGGUGUGUUAUAUUGCUGAGUGCAGAGAAAACUGUAUAUACCGGAUGAUGUUUAAUGAAUGUGCGUUAGGCUUCUAACUCGGCUCUAUACUUCGACUACUGCUGCUACUCCUGCUCCUGCUCAUGCUCCUAUCUGGCCAUCAGAUGGGUGACUGGCUGCCUUUUGAGCUAGAGCCAAAGAGUGAGAGUGGAAGCACUUUGAGCCAUAGCCAUAUGAGUGCGCCAAAUGUUUCAAUUUUACGUGCCCCUGUUUAGUGGUCGUUGUGCCGCCAUCGCCUCUAUUGCAUGCCUUUGGCCAUAUCCGGCCCCCCUUUGCCUGGCUCCCCGCUGUUCAGUUCGUUUCAGUUCAGUUCAGUUUAGGUCAGGAUGGGGUUCGAUUUUGAUUCGGUUCGCGCUCGUAAUGAGCUGCUGGGGUUGGAGGUUGGUUGGAGGUUGAGCAUUUUAUGAUCCAAAAGGCAGCAAAAUGCAGGCCUGGCUAGCAGCACCAGGUUAGAGUCGGCUGCAAAUAUGUAUGAGACCAUAAAAUUGAUGGCCUUCUGUGUGUGUGUGUGUGUGUGUGCGGAUUUGUGUGUAAAAGAGCGCAAAAAUGGACGCCACAGCCAGUGGCAGGCUCAUCAAUUUGAUGUCGUGCACAUUUAAUGUGGUGUUGAGGGCGCGCGGAUGCAUAAAAAACAAGUGAGAGCCCAAGUCCCCAUAAAUUACUAAUAAAAGCCGCGUGAACGAUGUAUGUAGUUGACGCGGUCGGUCGCCAUUUUGUUGUGCUGUGUGUGCGCUAACAAAUGUUGCGAACCAUUGACACAUUCUCCUUUGACAGGUUAAAGCUGUCAAACAACAUAAAUUUUGUUUUUUCUGUCUUUCUCUUACUAUUUUUCUGUUUUUUUUUUUUGAAUUUUUUUGCUCAAAAUUUUCUGUGUAAGUUUUCUAGAAUUAUGCGUAGGAUAUUACGUGGCACUCCUGGUAAGAUAGUGCAACGAUAUGCAUCCUCGAUUAGUCGCAGUCUAAGGAAUACCACACCAACGGCCUAUAAAAUCCUACGCAAUGCUGUGGCCAGAGUGGAGCAAAUUGGUAGUUUGGGCUAUAAAUUGCAUUUGAAUGAGCGCGAGAGGGCAGCCAACGAAGUGAUUAUGGAUCUAAAGACGGCCGAGAUACAGCGGGGAUUACUUGAUCCAGCAAAAUUCUCACCAGGUCAUCAUAUUUUUACGAUGUUAACAAAAAUCAAAGAGUCACCGUUGUUUAACAUAUUAAAAUCAAUGCCCAAGGGCGGAGUACUUCAUGCUCAUGAUACGGCAUUGUGUAGCACAGAGUUUCUCAUAGAGUUGACGUACCGUAAGAAUUUGUGGAUUUGCAUCACGGACGAAGGCUGCAAGGCGAUUGGCUUUCGUUUCUCUGUAGAGGAACCCACCAUGAAGGCCAUGGAGGGAUGCACUUGGGAGCCCAUGGAGUCAUUUCGAGAACGUCGUGGCGAAGAGAAUGUACGUCAAUAUCUAAUGCAACGUUUCAGCAUGUAUCCGUUUUCAAAUUUUCGUUCUAAUAAUCAAGCCUGGAUUCAUUUCAUGGGCAUAUUCAUUUUGCUCGAUGGUCUGCUUUUGUAUGCACCAGUCUGGGGUGAUUACUAUUAUAAUGCUCUUAAGGAAUUUCAUGAAGAUGGAGUGCAAUAUUUAGAAUUGAGAUCCCUGUUGCCUCAAUUAUAUUGCCUAAAUGGUGAGAAAUUAAAGAUUUCUGAUACUGUAGCCCUAUACAAAUCAGAAGUGAAACGUUUUGUGUCUGAAAAUCCAGAUUUUAUUGGUUCAAAAUUAAUUUAUGCUCCUCUAAGGGGAGUCGAACCAAAAAUAGUAGAUGAUUAUGUCAAGACUUGUGUCGCCUUGAAUAAAAAGUUUCCUGAUUUUCUUGUUGGCUUCGAUUUGGUGGGCCAAGAGGAAUUGGGACGUCCAUUAAUUGACUUUGUUGAGCAAUUAUUAAAGAUGCCCGAGCAUAUUAAUUUCUAUUUCCACGCCGGUGAGACAAAUUGGUUUGGCUCCUCCAUCGAUGAGAAUCUCUUUGAUGCCAUUCUAAUGGGUACAAAGCGUAUUGGUCAUGGUUAUGCCAUUACUAAGCAUCCAUUUGCCAUGAAUCUGUGUAAAUAUCUCGAUAUUGCUAUUGAAGUGUGCCCGGUGUCGAAUCAGGUUUUGCAACUUGGUCAAGAUUAUCGCAGUCAUCCAGCUGCAUUAUUGAUUGCUGAGAAUGUACCCAUUGUUAUAUCCUCAGAUGAUCCUUCAUUUUGGCGAGCUACGCCCUUGUCACAUGAUUUCUACUUUGCCUUCCUGGGUAUUGGUCCAUGGAGUGCUGAUUUGCGAUUUCUAAAAAGUCUUGCCAUCAACUCCAUCAAAUAUAGUGCCAUGCAGGAUAAGGAAAAGCCAGCGGCCUUUAAAAAAUGGCAAAAUAAAUGGGAUGUUUGGGUAGAAGAGGUUGCAAAAUUAAACAACAAAUAAUUAUGAUUGAGAAACAACCGAUAAAUAAAAUAACCUCGGACGCUUUUUGUAUUUUUUGUA